AUGCGGAUAUUGAGAUUUGAUGAGGCGGGCUAUGGUUCGUUUUUGACUGGGUUGAAUCGCCGGGCGGUGCCUGGGGAUGAGGUGAGAGAAUUGGUGGAGGGGGUUUUGGAAGAUGUGGUGGCACGGGGUGAUGAGGCUUUGCGUGAUCUGACGGAAAAAUUCGAUGGGGUGAAGUUGGAUGAUUUUUUAGUGGGUGAGGAGGAGCUGGCGGAGGCACGGGCGGCAGUGGAUGAGAAGACGAGGGCGGCGGUGGCGGCUUCGAGGAAGAAUAUUCAGGAUUUUGCGAAGUCUGGGAUGCGGCAGGAUUGGAAGCAGGUCAAUGAUCAGGGGGUGGAAGUCGGCGAGCGGUUUGAUGCUUUCCACCGGGUGGGGAUUUAUGUGCCGGGGGGGAAGGCUCCGUUGGUGUCGACGGCUUUGAUGACGGGAGCUUUUGCUCAGGCAGCUGGGGUGAAGGAAAUCGUGGCGAUGACGCCGCCGGGGGCAGAGGGGAAGGUGAAUACGGAUUUGCUUUACGCUUUGCAAGAAGCGGGGGCGACGGAGAUUUAUAAGGUGGGUGGGGCUCAGGCGAUUGGGGCUUUGGCUUAUGGGACAGAGACGGUGAAGCCAGUGGAUAAGGUUUUUGGACCGGGGAAUGCGUUUGUGGUGGAGGCCAAGCGUCAGGUGUUGGGGGCGGUGUCGAUUGAUCUUUUACCGGGGCCGAGUGAGGUGUUGGUCAUUGCUGAUGAGUCGGGGGAGGCGCGGUUUUUAGCGGCAGAUUUAUUAGCGCAGGCGGAACACGGGCCAGAUAGUGAGGUGGUUUUUUUAACAACUUCUGCGGAGUUGUUAAAGGAGGUGAAGUUGGAGUUGGAUCGUCAGUUGGCGGAGUUACCACGGAGGGAGAUUGCGAGGUCUUCUUUGAAGAAAAAGGGGUUUUUGUUAUUGGUGGAGUCGAUGGAUGAGGCAGUGGAGAUUGCGAAUGAUUUUGCGCCUGAGCAUUUGACUUUGGUGGCGAGCGAUGAGGAUGAGGUGGCGGCGCGGAUUGUGUCUGCGGGGGCGAUUUAUCUUGGGAAUUUUUCGGCGGUGGCAGUGGGUGAUUUUUUGGCAGGGCCAAGUCAUACUUUGCCGACGGGGGGUGGAGGACGUUCUUUUUCAGGUCUGAGGCCGGAUCAAUUCCAGAGGAGGACAAGUGUGGUGAGAAUGAGUCAGGAGGCGUUGGAUGCUUCUUGCGAGAUGGUGGAGCAUUUUGCGGAAAUCGAAGGUUUGGCAGGACACGGAAGCUCGGCUCGUAUUCGGCAAUCCCAAUGA